AUGUUUUGUAUAGUUCCAGGUAAUACUCGAUCUUUUGAAGAAGACCAAGGACACCGUGCAGAAGAAGGUACCCUUGAUAAAGGUACCUUAGAGAUUAUUUCAGAGCACUUGGCGCAAGUUUCCUCAAACAAAUCAUAA